UCAAUGAAAUUAAAUCUUUCAAAAAGAUUUAAAAUUUUGUCUCGUUUAUAAUGAAGAUAUGCUCCAUGUCCCAUGGAGACCGAAGUGCUUAAGAAGUACAUGAGCAAACGUACAUAUUGCUAAAACUUGCCUGAACCAACUGUCCUAUGCCUCAGGCAGUAUGUUUCCAUAAACCUUACGGUGAGUAAUAGGCUAGACUAGCAUAAUUCAGUUUAUUGCUUAACUACAAAUGUUUGGACCUUUGAAUUUUUUAUUUUGAUGCUGUUUGCUAACACCCAAUUCUUAUAGUUUUAUUUCAGAUAGUUAAUAGAUCACAUCUAAUUAUUCAACAUUCACACAUUCUACCAGGCAUGCUAAGAUUCUUAGAAUUGUCUUUUAGCUACUAUAUUCCUUUAAACAUUUCUCACAAAACAAGUAUUACUUUGUUAUGUUUAUAAACACAACAAUAGGAAACAAUACUUUGGCACACAAGUACUGCUUUAUGCCAAGGGAAACCAUUCUAUUCUGUAUUCUUAAAUGGAAAAAUCACCUUAUUAUUUUAAAUACUUCACUGUAAUAUUAAAUUUUAUCCCUUGUUUCUUAAACUGCAUAUAAACUUAACAUAAGACCAACCUACCUAUUUGUACCAACUUUAAAAUUUUAAAACAUGCCUAGUUAGAACCUAAUUUCACCUUUAAAAGUGAAAUUACUAAGCAAUAUUUAUUUACCACUACAUGUGCGUCACAAUUCUUCAUGACUUGAAGGUACUGUUUUCUAUGGUUUUCCAUCUGAGGUCAUACAACUGAGACAUUUCCAUUUUAUACUUCCACUUGAAUUUCUUCUGCUAAAUGGUUAAGUUUUUCAUUGCUUCUGAUCCUCAUGUUUCACCACCAUAGUAGAAAGAAAAUCAGUGUCUCAAUGUUUCCAUGUUUUACUUACUUAAUUUUAAACAUCUGGUUUUAAAAGAAUUCUUUUAUGCCAAAUACUCAUCCCUGGGCUGUCCUGAAUUGAAACAGAAGUAUACAAUUUUCCUUCAGUUUCCUUCCUGCAAAGUAAUUUUAAGUUAUAAUUGUCAUCUUACUCAAGUGUGAUACCUUGGUGGGCUUUCUCUUCUUUUGCUUGCCUUUUUGGUAGACUCAAAUGUUAACAGCUGCCACACAGUUAAAUUCAAAACAGGAAGUCAUGUGGUCUUCCUUUAUAUUUCUCCCUUUCAAGACUGACUUAGCUCCUUCUGCUGGUUUUUUUCUUAGUUCACUAGGGUAUGUAUGGCAAUUGGGGGUGAAUGGUUCAAUAAUCGAGUUGAAGAUUCUAUGUUAAUUCUCUAGUAAAUCUGCGUUUAGCUAAGGUUUUAACCAACUAGGUCUUUCUUAUCUAUAAUUGAAAUGGCACUGGCAUCACAUGCUUGAAACACAAAAUUUUUAUUAAUCCUCUUAAAUAGACCUGUCAACACCAUAAUACUGAAAUCUACCCAAGGCCAAUAAAAUGAAACAGUCAUAAAAUGUUUAAAUUUUAUUAAAAUGGUUCAGUAUAACAUAAUCCUUAUUCUCUUUUUGAUUAGAUAUUUGUCAUUCCAUUUAUACACUAUAAUGACUCCCUUUUAAAUUCUAUACACGAUUCCCUCCUUCCUAAGUUUUCUUCUUUAAAAUCCUGUAUACAAUUUUAAGUACAUUUAUUAAAAUAUAUAUUAUAGAAUGAAUUGGAUGACAAAUGAGAGUUAACUAUUUAAGAAAUUAUUACUUACUUACAUUGAAUGGAAAAAGAAAGCUUAUUUAAAGUUUGUUAUUUUUUGGAAGGGAGGGAGGAGUUUCUAUCAUUCUUAAGCAAUAACUUUUUCUAUGGUAAUUACUCUGAGAAAGAUGGUAAUUUGCUUUGCUCGCCUACAACUAAUUAAUGAACACUUGUUUUGAGAUUGAGAGAAGGUGAGAAUAAAUAGAAACAAACAUAUUUUGCCUAGCAUUUAUUAUUGUGCUACAUUGGACAUUUUAGAGUAGAAAAUAUGCUACAACAGAUCAAUAAUAGUAAUAGAUCUGAAUACACCAAAUGUGGGCCCAAUAGGAAAAUAAUCUUGCCUCACAAUUUUAACCAUAUUUGACAAUUUUAACAACAUACUUAUUUCCGACCCUUUAUCUUCAGAUUGCCUUUCUGAGACCAGUAUCAAACCUCCUCUAAAAUCCUAGUGUUUCCUCUAAAGUUCAUUAUUUCAUAGGUAAUCAGAAUUUCUAAAUGUUCCUUUCUUUCCCAUUUUUUAAUGAGGGAAGAAAAGGAAAACUAUAAUUUGUAGCUUUAAAAAAAAUAAAAAAAACUUUUGCCUGUAAUCCACAGUAAGAAACAUAUUUUAUAAGGUAACCUUGCACAUAACAUACACACGAACAAACAUUUAUAUAAAAACACAUAACAUUACUAUCUGUGAUGUAUUCUUAGAUUUUCAAUUUUUUUAAAACAAAAAAUUCUAGUCACAACCCAAUAGAUUUCAUGACCCAUUAAGGUACCAUAACUCAUGGUUUCAAACAUUGGUCUAAAGCAGGUGCUUUCACUCCAAGCUAACCUACUAAAGAGAAUACCUGAAAUGAGGAUCACAACCUUCCCUUCAUACCUACUUUAGAUAUUUCAAUAGAUUUUCGUAUUCUUUUUUUUUUUAAUGUCUCCAUUUCUUCUUCUUUGAUUUUCGUAUUCUUUCUUCAUAAAUAAAAUUAUCUUUAAACCAGUGUUUCUCUAGAUUAGUUCUCUAUUAAAAUACUUGCAUAGUUUAUUUAACUCUUUGAUUCACAUCCAGAAUUUAUGCAGGAUUGGGAAAAUUAGACUUUCAUGAAGAUUUUUGAUCUUAAAAAACUUUAUAUUGAAAUCCUACCUAAAAAAAUGCAAUUUUUGAGGGCCCUUUCAAUGCGUUGCACAGUGAAACUUGUAGUAUAACAUGUAACUGGUCACUUUGAUUUAUAAAUGAAUGACAUGGGGUGGCGCCUGUGGCUCAAGGAGUAGGGCGCAGGUCCCAUAUGCCGGAGGUGGCGGGUUCAAACCCAGCCCCGGCCAAAAAAAAAAAAAAAAACCACAAGAAAUGAAUGACAUGGAUAAUAAAAUUUACAAACUUAAGAGAAAAUUCAUAAUUAUAGGUGAGAAGAAUUAAGGGAAGGAUAAGCCUGACUCUUAAAGGGUGAGAAUAGGCCAAGAUGAAUAGAUGCUUCCAUGGAAAAAGCAUUACUUUUAUAAUCUUAACAAAAAUGGAUAAAAUACAUUGGAAUAGGCUUCAUAAAUACUACCACAAAUUUGAGUAUGGUAUUUCCUUUGGAAACUUGAAGUAAGAACGUAUUUAGAAUGUUAAGUCAUCUGAUAAUUUUUGUAGCUCUGCCCUCAAAAUCCACAUCCUUAAUUAACUCUUCAUCAAAGUUUCUUAAAUUGCCCUAAAAGUAAUUUAAUUAUCCUAAAUGUGAAAUAAUUUUGGUAGAGUCUAAAAUAACCUACAAAACAUACAUAGACUACUGUUUACUUCAUUUUUCCUACUUUUAUAUAUUUAUUUUUUUGAGACAGAGUCUCAAGCUGUUGCCCUGGGUAGAGUGCCAUGUGUCAUAGUUCACAGUAACCUCCAACUCUUGGGCACAAGCGAUCCUCCUGCCUCAGUUUCUCUAUUUUUAGUAGACAGGUCUUGCUUUUGCUCAAGCUGGUCUCUAACCCAUGAGCUCAAGCAAUUCACCUGUCUUGGCCUCUCAGAGUGCUAGGAUUACAGGCGUGAGCAACCUCACCCAGCCCAUUUUUCCUACUUUUGAAAAAUUUGUUCCUACAGGAGACAAUUUUAUCACUAACAAAAGAUAAAGUGGCAGGCAUAAAAAACUGAGAAGAAAAUGAUUUUUCAAAGUUUUCAUUUCUGUCAUUUUAUAGUAAGUUGUAUUUAUCUUGAAGAUAAACAUUCUUUAAUAAUAACAAUUCUUAAUUUUUCAGUUGUACCAAAUUCUGAUGAUGACAUUAAAUGCAGAUAGUUAAUACUUAAAAUCCAUUUCAUUGAUUAAGAAUACAAAUGGGAAUAUCCAGGGAUAUCCCAGGCAAGAAAACUGAGUCAUGCAUUCAGUCCUUAAAGGAAGGUCAGAUUAAAGGUUUAUUGUGCUAUCCUCCAAACUAAAAUGGACAAGUCAAGGAUGUAACAAUGAAACAUAAGGCCACCAUGAGUCAACUGAUUUUGGACAUAAAAGAUUUUGAAAUGUAAGGUCAAAAUGAAUGGUGUUAGUGGAAAAUAAGCAAAAAACCAAACAAAUCAAGAAAACACUACUAUAGAUUAACAGAUUCUAUUUAAGAUCUCAACUUGGAUACUCAAAUUUAGACAAGCAAAACACUAAUUGAUUUAAUGGAGAAUAUUCUUAUGCAUUGAAAUAAUUUCUUUAAUUGUAUAAUCUGGAAAAAAAUUAAUUAGGUGCAAGUUUAAAGCCCUCAAAGGGAGGGACUUUGCCUGUUUUCAUUCUUUGUGUGUGAAGUGCCUAGCAUAAAGUUAAUUAGCACCUAGUAAGUUCUUAGUAAGUAUUUAAAAAUUAUUAAAAUUUUAAAUGAUUAAUAAAUGCUACAAUAAUGCCCAGACUUUCCACCACAGAUUGAUUGUAUCAGCUGCAGUUACCAGGACAUACAAAAUUACUGGUUUAACAUUUAAAUUAAGAAAGUAUAUAGGAAGAUAAUUGUGCUUCUAUAAGCAAAUUGAAAUACUGGUAUUUUGAAAACCAGUGAAAAACAUUUUGAGCCACCUGUAUCACUUAAAACUGUUUUUAAGAUUAAUGGGCAGACUUAUAAUGAACAGACUUGGAUAUACUCAGUAAUGUUUAAUUAACUCUAUUAAUAGUUAUAAAAUAGCUAACAAGAGUGUCUUGUCUAAAAAUUCAAUACAUGACAUAUGAAAAUCUGUAAUAAUGUCAUAGCCAAAGUCUCACUGCAUACCUUCCACUUUACUGGUAUAUUUUAUUUAAAAGGCCUACUUUUCCAGCCACUAGAAAAUAAAAUUUCUCACAUUUGUUUUAUAGUUUUCAAAAAUCACGUUCAAUUAAUUUAUUGGUAUAGGUAGUGCUAUUACAAGGAAAGUAGAUGUAAAUAAACAGCAAACUACAUAGUGAAUUAAAAUAUCCACAUCUAGUGACAUCAGCUUUCACUGAACCUUUUCAGAAGAAAAAUAAAUCUGACUACAAUUUGCUUUGCUUGGCAGCAUAAUUGAGGAACAACCAAAGUAGCCACAUGUGCUCCUUUAUAUAAGGUCUCCUACCCUCAGAAACACACAUUAUUUGAAUCACUGUGCCUGGUAUACAUUUCGUACCCGGUACACAUUUUGUGCCUAGUAAAACUUGCUGAAUGAACUUUUCCAGUCGUGCCUGAUUUGGACUAAGCCAAUCAAAUGCUCACAGACUUUAAUUUAGUGCAAAUGGCAUGUAUUUUGCAAGAAAGAGAGCAGACAGGGUAAAGAAUGCAGUCGUUGAGACUCAGGAGAGUAAAGCUAAUUGGCCCAGUAUGGAUAAGAUCAGAUGAUGCUGUCCCGGAGCAAGCUCACUUACAGAAGCCUAUAAACAAAUUAUGUCUAGUAUGUGGAUUUCUAGUGUUGUGAAGAGUUUUCAAAUGUUUAGAAGUAAACUCUUUUGCCCGAAUUCUGUAAUAAACUUGCAUUUUCCCCUAGAUCUUUUUUCACAAUCUUUCAUAAAGUUGCUGUAGCAUAUAUGCUAAGUAUGCAUAAAAUACAUAUUAAAGGAUAGAGUACAGAAACGGGGGGUGUCAAAGCCUUUGUAACUGUCAUUCAUUCGUUAUCCAAAUAAGAAUCUACCGUGUGACAUUAUUCUAGGCGCUGGACGUAACACCAGCUAAAACCAAAACAAAACCUCUUGUCCUCCUGGAGCUUAAAUUCUACUGGGCAAAGGGUUAUAACCGACCAAAGGAUAGAAUGAGAAGGGGGCCCGGAAACGUGCCGUUUAAAAAGUGGCCGCGGAAGUACCGAGGUGACACUUGACCAAAACCUUGAAGGUGAAGGAGCCCCGUGGAGUCGUGGGAAAAGAGCUUAAUAGAAGGAAUAGCGAGGACACAGUAGUCCUACUUUUAGAUGUCAGGGCAGGUCCUGCCUCCCACCCUGACCCCGUGAUGCCCAAUUGUGCGCAGGGCCGUUAGACCGCGGUCAAGGCUUUGGCUUUUACUGUCCUGAUCAUGGGAGGCCACUACAGGGUCUCCUGCAAAGGAGGGACAACAUCUUGGUCACUCAAGUGAUUUCUGAGGCAAAAGCAAUAACCCAUAGCCUGGUUUCCGCACUUAAUUGUAGCGCACCGGUACAUAUACAAAUACACAAUUCAAUUAACGUUAACUGAAUUCAGUAAAUAAAACAUAACACAAACUUCGUCCCGUUUGAGUAAAAACCGCUUACCUACUGCACUUUUUACCUGAAGAAAAGCCCCCUUUUAAUUUACACAAAUUUAAAAGAGAACUGUGGACCGACGAAGUUACUUCUUGUUUAACAGUACAACUACAACAAGCUUGGUUUUGUACGCAAAAUCACAUUUUGUACUCCAGCCGUGUCCAGCGCUUCAGUGUUUCAAAUACAAAGAGGAGACGAUGUUUGAAAUCUGCCGGCUCCGGCCCGCAGUCUCCCUCGGUACAGCCAGCCGCCGGCCAGGGUAAGGCCGGCCGCGGUCGCCGAGCUCUCGGCUCCACCCACACCCAGAGGGGGCGCCAGGAGCCGCGGCCGCCGCACCUCGCUUUGCACAGCGUCGCCUACAGGCCUCGAUCCCGACGGUUAGGGAAGAGCCCAAACAACAGCCAACAAAAAGCAAGAUCAGCAGAGACCGCAUAUCUCCAGGAAGAAAUGCAAAACAAACACGAUUCCAAUUCAAUCCCGCCGGGAGUCGUCUUCACCGCCAAAGGUUGCGUUCUUACUCCGCAGAAAUAACGCACAGACGGGCUGUAAAGUCCAGCCUCUCAAAAAGAGAGAAAGCAAACGAUAUAUCCAUCCAUCCGGCUGCAGGGGCACCAUUUAAAAAAUGCACCGUCGCCGUCGAAUCGCAGCUGUCUUCUACUCGGCUGCCCCGAGCUCGGCUCCUUAAAGCUAAAGACCAGCUGGGCAACCAGCGCGGUCUCCAGCCGCCGCUGUCUGCGGCCUGCUCGCCCCUCCGGGCCUGAGCGCCCCCAGCGCGCACGACCACCACCGAACUCGGGCCCCGCUCCUGUGGGCCUCCAGAAGAAUAAAGACCGGGGAGAACCGGCCUGCCCGUUCCGCAGCGUAGACGCCACUCUCCAGGAUCCACACUACAGGCGACACCCGCAGCGCCGUGAGGAGGAACAGGGCGUGGAGAAGAACCGCCGCCGCCGGACUGCUGGCCCCGGCCAGGCCCAGUACGGCACGGCGCGGCGCGGCAGAGGACACUAGCCCAAGCGGCAGCGGCGGCGGCGGCGGCUGCGGCGGUGGCGGAAGUGGAGUGGGGAAGAGGGGGUGGUUGUUAGUGUUUGGCGCCGGCGGAGGGAGUCAUUCCUGCAGCUGCACUUCCGGUCGGCAUUUUGUUCUGAGAGGGAGAGACGGAACGAGAGAGAGACACACACAGGGCUCCUUCCCCCCGCCCUCCCCCCUCCCUCCGUCGGUACCGACUCACCCGACACCACCAAGCCGCAGGGAGGGACGCCCCCGCCGGCAGGAGGAUUGGUUCCCGGGCCUGCGGCGAUGCCCCCCCGGUAGCUCGGGCCCCCGGGUCGGGUGUUUGUGAGUGUUUCUAUGUGGGAGAAGGAGGAGGAGGAAGAAGAAGAAGCAGCGAUUUGUCUUCUCGGCUGGUCUCCCCCCGGCUCUACAUGUUCCCCGCACUGAGGAGACGGAAGAGGAGCAGUAGCCACCCCCCCUCCCGGCCCGGAUUAUAGUCUCUCGCCACAGCGGCCUCGGCCUCCCCUUGGAUUCAGACGCCGAUUCGCCCAGUGUUUGGGAAAUGGGAAGUAAUGACAGCUGGCACCUGAACUAAGUACUUUUAUAGGCAACACCAUUCCAGAACUUCAGGAUGAAUGGGGAUAUGCCCCAUGUCCCCAUCACUACUCUUGCGGGGAUUGCUAGUCUCACAGACCUCCUGAACCAGCUGCCUCUUCCAUCUCCUUUACCUGCUACGACUACAAAGAGCCUUCUUUUUAAUGCACGAAUAGCAGAAGAGGUGAACUGCCUUUUGGCCUGUAGGGAUGACAGUUUGGUUUCACAGCUUGUCCAUAGCCUCAACCAGGUAUCAACAGAUCACAUAGAGUUGAAAGAUAAUCUUGGCAGUGAUGAUCCAGAAGGCGACAUACCAGUCUUGUUGCAGGCCGUCCUGGCAAGGAGUCCUAAUGUUUUCAGGGAGAAAAGCAUGCAGAACAGAUACGUACAAAGUGGAAUGAUGAUGUCUCAGUAUAAACUUUCUCAGAAUUCCAUGCACAGUAGUCCUGCAUCUUCCAAUUAUCAACAAACCACUAUCUCACAUAGCCCCUCCAGCCGGUUUGUGCCACCACAGCCAAGCUCUGGGAACAGAUUUAUGCCACAACAAAAUAGCCCAGUGCCUAGUCCAUAUGCCCCUCAAAGCCCUGCAGGAUACAUGCCAUAUUCCCAUCCUUCGAGUUAUACAACACAUCCACAGAUGCAGCAAGCAUCGGUAUCAAGUCCCAUUGUUGCAGGUGGUUUGAGAAACAUACAUGAUAAUAAAGUUUCUGGUCCGUUGUCUGGCAAUUCAGCUAAUCAUCAUGCUGAUAAUCCUAGACAUGGCUCAAGUGACGACUACCACCUACACAUGGUGCACAGGCUAAGUAGUGACGAUGGAGAUUCUUCUUCAACAAUGAGGAAUGCUACAUCUUUUCCUUUGAGGUCUCCACAGCCAGUAUGCUCCCCGGCUGGAAGUGAUGGAACUUCUAAAGGAUCAAGAACACCUUUAAUCCUACAAUCUCAGCCUCUACCUUGCUCAUCACCUCGAGAUGUUCCACCAGACAUCUUGCUAGAUUCUCCAGAAAGAAAACAGAAGAAGCAAAAGAAAAUGAAAUUAGGCAAAGAUGAAAAAGAACAGAGUGAAAAAGCUGCAAUGUAUGAUAUAAUUAGUUCUCCAUCCAAGGACUCAACUAAACUUACGUUAAGACUUUCUCGUGUAAGGUCUUCAGACAUGGACCAGCAAGAGGAUAUGCUUUCUGGUAUGGAAAAUAGCAAUGUUUCAGAAAAUGAUAUUCCUUUUAAUGUGCAGUACCCAGGACAGACUUCAAAAACACCCAUUACUCCACAGGAUGUAAACCGCCCACUAAAUGCUGCUCAGUGUUUGUCGCAGCAAGAACAAACAGCAUUCCUUCCAGCAAAUCAAGUGCCUGUUGUACAACAGAACACUUCAGUUGCUGCAAAACAACCCCAGACUUCUGUGGUACAGAAUCAGCAACAGGUAUCACAACAGGGACCUAUAUAUGAUGAAGUGGAAUUGGAUGCAUUGGCUGAAAUUGAGCGAAUAGAAAGAGAAUCAGCUAUUGAAAGGGAGCGCUUCUCAAAAGAAGUUCAAGAUAAAGAUAAGCCUUUGAAAAAAAGAAAACAAGAUUCUUACCCACAGGAGGCUGGGGGUGCUACAGGAGGUAAUAGACCAGCUUCUCAGGAGACGGGUUCUACGGGAAAUGGGUCAAGGCCAGCAUUAAUGGUUAGCAUUGAUCUUCAUCAGGCAGGAAGAGUGGACUCUCAGGCUUCUAUAACUCAGGAUUCAGACUCCGUAAAAAAGCCUGAAGAAAUCAAACAAUUUAAUGAUGCGCCUAUUUCUGUUCUUCAGGAAGAUAUUAUUGGAAGUCUUAAAUCUGCACAAGAAAACCAUCCUGAGACACCUAAAAAAAAGUCUGAUCCUGACGUUUCAAAGAAUGAAAUGAAACAAAAUGAAAAUAGAUCAUCAGAAUCUAAACCACAUGAAAACCGAUUGGUGGAGACAAAAUCAAAUGAAAAUAAGAUAGAAACUAAAAUUGAGACUCCCACAGAAGAACUUCAACAGAAUGAGAGUAGAACGACUGAAUUCAAACAAAAUGAAAGCACUAUAGUUGAACCUAAACAGAAUGAAAAUAGACUGUCUGACACAAAAGCAAAUGACAACAAACAAAAUAAUGGCAGGUCAGAAACAACAAAAUUAAGACCUGAGACCCCAAAGCAAAAGGGUGAAAGCCGGCCUGAAACUCCAAAACAAAAGAGUGAUGGACGCCCUGAAACCCCAAAACAGAAGGGUGAUGGACGGCCUGAAACUCCAAAGCAAAAAAGUGAGGGCCGGCCUGAAACUCCAAAGCAAAAAAGUGAAGGCAGGCCUGAAACACCAAAACACAGGCAUGACAAUAGAAGGGAUUCUGGAAAGCCAUCAACAGAGAAAAAAUCUGAAGUGUCUAAACAUAAACAAGAUACUAAAUCUGACUCACCUCGAUUAAAAUCAGAACGAGCUGAAGCCUUAAAGCAAAGACCUGAUGGACGAUCCAUUUCUGAGUCACUAAGACGUGACCAUGAUAGUAAACAAAAAUCAGAUGACAGAGGUGAAUCAGAGCGACAUCGAGGUGAUCAGUCUAGGAUUCGAAGACCAGAAACAUUGAGAUCCUCUAGUAGAAACGAACAUGGUGUUAAAUCUGAUGGUUCAAAAACUGAUAAACUAGAAAGAAAACACAGGCAUGAGUCAGGGGACUCAAGGGAAAGACCAUCUUCUGGGGAACAAAAAUCAAGACCUGACAGUCCUCGUGUUAAGCAAGGAGAUUCUAAUAAAUCAAGACCUGACAAACCUGGUUUUAAAUCACCAAAUAGUAAAGAUGACAAAAGGACAGAGGGUAACAAGAGUAAAGUAGACAGUAAUAAAGCGCACCCUGACAAUAAGGCAGAAUUUCCAAGUUAUUUGCUGGGGGGCAGGUCUGGUGCAUUGAAAAAUUUUGUCAUUCCAAAAAUCAAGCGGGAUAAAGAUGGCAAUAUUACUCAGGAGACGAAGAAAAUGGAAAUGAAAGGAGAGCAGAAAGACAAAGUAGAAAAAAUGGGACUAGUUGAAGAUCUAAAUAAAGGAGCUAAGCCUGUAGUUGUUCUGCAAAAACUAUCUUUGGAUGAUGUUCAGAAACUUAUUAAAGAUAGAGAGGAUAAAUCAAGAAGUUCCCUUAAACCUACCAAGAAUAAACCAUCAAAGUCAAAUAAAGGUAGUAUAGAUCAAUCAGUGUUAAAAGAAUUACCCCCUGAACUCCUGGCAGAAAUUGAAUCUACCAUGCCACUCUGUGAACGUGUGAAAAUGAACAAACGCAAACGUAGCACAGUUAAUGAAAAGCCAAAAUAUGCUGAAAUCAGUUCAGAUGAAGAUAAUGAUAGUGAUGAAGCGUUUGAAUCCUCUAGGAAACGACAUAAAAAAGAUGAUGAUAAAGCUUGGGAAUAUGAAGAGCGUGACAGAAGAAGCUCUGGGGAUCAUAGGAGAAGUGGCCACUCUCAUGAAGGAAGAAGGAGUUCAGGUGGUGGCCGUUAUCGAAACCGAAGCCCAUCAGAUUCUGACAUGGAAGAUUAUUCUCCUCCUCCCAGCCUUAGUGAGGUUGCUAGAAAAAUGAAGAAAAAAGAAAAACAGAAGAAAAGGAAAGCUUAUGAACCAAAGCUAACACCUGAGGAAAUGAUGGACUCUUCAACUUUUAAGAGAUUCACAGCCUCAAUUGAGAAUAUUUUGGAUAAUUUAGAAGACAUGGAUUUUACUGCAUUUGGUGAUGAUGAUGAAAUUCCUCAGGAACUACUCUUAGGAAAACAUCAGCUUAAUGAACUUGGCAGUGAAUCUGCUAAAAUUAAAGCAAUGGGUAUAAUGGAUAAGCUUUCAACUGACAAAACUGUGAAAGUCCUAAAUAUCUUGGAAAAGAAUAUUCAGGAUGGGUCAAAGCUUUCUACUUUGUUAAAUCAUAAUAAUGAUACUGAAGAAGAAGAAAGGUUAUGGAGAGACCUUAUUAUGGAGAGAGUUACAAAAUCAGCAGAUGCCUGUCUUACAACAAUCAACAUCAUGACAUCCCCUAAUAUGCCAAAAGCUGUGUACAUUGAGGAUGUAAUUGAAAGAGUGAUACAGUACACUAAAUUUCAUUUGCAGAAUACCCUUUAUCCUCAGUAUGAUCCUGUUUACAGAUUAGAUCCUCAUGGAGGAGGCUUGUUAAGUUCAAAGGCAAAACGCGCUAAAUGUUCUACCCAUAAGCAGAGAGUAAUAGUAAUGCUUUAUAACAAAGUUUGUGAUAUUGUUAGCAGCUUAUCAGAAUUGCUAGAGAUACAACUUCUUACAGAUACAACAAUUCUUCAGGUUUCAUCAAUGGGAAUAACACCAUUUUUUGUGGAAAACGUCAGUGAACUACAGUUGUGUGCCAUUAAGUUAGUCACUGCAGUAUUCUCAAGAUAUGAAAAACAUAGACAGUUAAUUUUGGAAGAAAUUUUUACUUCACUUGCAAGAUUACCAACUAGCAAAAGGAGCUUACGGAAUUUCAGGUUAAACAGUAGUGAUAUGGAUGGAGAACCUAUGUAUAUUCAGAUGGUUACAGCACUGGUUUUACAGCUUAUUCAGUGUGUAGUACACUUACCAUCAUCUGAAAAGGACUCUAAUUCAGAAGAGGACUCAAAUAAAAAAGUUGACCAGGAUGUUGUCAUUACCAAUUCUUAUGAAACAGCUAUGCGCACAGCCCAAAACUUCCUUUCCAUCUUCCUUAAAAAAUGUGGUAGUAAGCAAGGUGAAGAAGACUACAGACCAUUGUUUGAAAAUUUUGUUCAGGACCUUCUUUCAACAGUCAAUAAGCCUGAAUGGCCAGCUGCUGAACUACUCCUUAGUUUGUUAGGGAGACUGUUGGUUCAUCAGUUCAGUAACAAGUCAACAGAGAUGGCUUUAAGAGUGGCUUCUCUUGAUUACCUUGGAACUGUUGCUGCACGGCUGAGGAAAGAUGCUGUUACAAGCAAAAUGGAUCAAGGGUCUAUAGAACGAAUUUUAAAACAGGUUUCAGGAGGAGAAGAUGAAAUCCAACAGUUACAAAAAGCAUUGCUUGAUUAUUUGGAUGAAAACACUGAGACUGAUCCUUCACUAGUGUUUUCUCGUAAAUUCUAUAUAGCCCAGUGGUUCCGUGACACAACUCUGGAAACAGAAAAAGCAAUGAAAUCACAAAAAGAUGAAGAGUCAUCUGAAGGAACACAUCAUGCAAAGGAAAUUGAGACAACUGGUCAAAUUAUGCAUCGAGCUGAAAACCGGAAAAAAUUUCUUAGAAGCAUUAUCAAAACUACACCUUCUCAGUUCAGCACAUUAAAGAUGAACUCGGAUACUGUAGACUAUGAUGAUGCUUGCUUGAUUGUUCGAUAUUUGGCCUCCAUGAGGCCGUUUGCCCAGAGCUUUGAUAUUUAUUUGACACAGAUCCUACGAGUUCUUGGAGAAAAUGCAAUUGCUGUUCGAACAAAAGCCAUGAAGUGUUUAUCUGAGGUUGUUGCUGUAGACCCCAGUAUUCUAGCAAGGCUUGAUAUGCAGCGAGGAGUUCACGGACGAUUAAUGGAUAACUCCACUAGUGUCCGAGAAGCAGCAGUAGAAUUACUAGGUCGAUUUGUCCUUUGUCGACCUCAGCUUGCUGAACAGUAUUAUGAUAUGCUGAUUGAAAGAAUAUUGGAUACUGGUAUAAGUGUCAGGAAAAGAGUAAUAAAGAUUCUAAGAGAUAUCUGUAUUGAACAACCAACAUUUCCAAAAAUUACUGAAAUGUGUGUAAAAAUGAUUCGCAGAGUCAAUGAUGAAGAAGGCAUUAAGAAAUUAGUAAAUGAAACAUUCCAGAAACUCUGGUUUACUCCAACGCCACACAGUGAUAAAGAAGCAAUGACAAGGAAAAUUUUAAACAUCACUGAUGUGGUUGCAGCAUGCAGAGAUACUGGAUAUGACUGGUUUGAACAACUCCUUCAAAACUUGUUGAAGUCCGAAGAGGAUUCCUCAUAUAAACCUGUGAAGAAAGCUUGUACUCAACUUGUUGAUAACCUAGUUGAGCACAUUCUUAAAUAUGAGGAAUCUCUAGCUGACUCUGACAAUAAAGGUGUGAAUUCUGGAAGAUUGGUAGCUUGCAUAACCACUUUGUUCUUAUUCAGCAAAAUAAGACCCCAGCUCAUGGUUAAACAUGCCAUGACUAUGCAACCAUACCUUACCACUAAAUGUAGUACACAAAAUGAUUUCAUGGUUAUCUGCAAUGUUGCAAAAAUCUUAGAACUAGUUGUACCACUGAUGGAGCAUCCAAGUGAAACUUUCCUUGCCACUAUUGAAGAAGAUCUAAUGAAGCUUAUCAUCAAAUAUGGCAUGACUGUAGUGCAACAUUGUGUGAGCUGUCUUGGGGCUGUUGUAAAUAAAGUGACACAAAAUUUUAAAUUUGUAUGGGCUUGUUUCAAUAGAUACUAUGGUGCCAUUUCAAAAUUAAAAAGUCAGCACCAAGAAGACCCAAAUAAUACUUCACUUCUAACAAACAAACCAGCACUUCUUAGAUCCCUUUUCACUGUUGGAGCACUGUGUCGACAUUUUGAUUUUGAUCUGGAAGAUUUUAAAGGCAACAGUAAGGUUAACAUAAAGGAUAAAGUACUUGAACUAUUGAUGUAUUUUACAAAACAUUCAGAUGAAGAAGUACAAACAAAAGCUAUCAUUGGUCUGGGAUUUGCCUUUAUUCAGCAUCCAAGCCUAAUGUUUGAACAAGAAGUGAAGAAUCUAUAUAAUAAUAUUUUAUCUGAUAAGAACUCCUCAGUAAAUUUAAAAAUACAAGUGUUAAAAAACCUCCAGACCUACCUACAAGAAGAGGAUACACGUAUGCAGCAGGCAGAUAGAGACUGGAAAAAGGUUGCAAAACAGGAAGACUUAAAAGAAAUGGGUGAUGUUUCCUCAGGGAUGAGUAGUUCCAUCAUGCAGCUUUACCUCAAACAGGUGCUUGAGGCAUUUUUCCACACCCAGUCAAGUGUACGCCAUUUUGCCCUAAAUGUCAUUGCAUUGACUCUAAAUCAAGGUCUUAUUCAUCCAGUUCAGUGUGUGCCAUAUUUAAUUGCUAUGGGCACAGACCCAGAACCUGCUAUGCGGAAUAAGGCUGAUCAGCAGCUUGUGGAAAUAGACAAAAAAUAUGCCGGAUUCAUUCAUAUGAAAGCAGUGGCUGGUAUGAAGAUGUCUUACCAGGUACAACAGGCAAUCAACACAUGCCUAAAAGAUCCUGUAAGGGGUUUCAGACAAGAUGAAUCCUCAAGUGCUUUGUGUUCACAUCUUUACUCCAUGAUCCGUGGAAACCGCCAACACAGACGAGCCUUCCUUAUUUCUUUACUGAACCUCUUUGAUGACACAGCAAAAACAGAAGUGACUAUGCUCUUGUAUAUAGCAGACAAUCUAGCCUGUUUUCCAUACCAGACACAGGAAGAGCCAUUGUUUAUAAUGCAUCAUAUAGACAUUACACUCUCAGUUUCUGGUAGUAACCUACUGCAGUCAUUCAAGGAGUCUAUGGUAAAGGACAAAAGGAAAGAGAGAAAAUCAUCACCUAAUAAGGAAAAUGAGUCAAGUGAGAGUGAAGAAGAAAUUUCCAGACCUCGGAAAUCACGGAAACGUGUUGAUUCAGAUUCAGAUUCAGAUUCAGAAGAUGAUAUAAAUUCAGUGAUGAAAUGUUUGCCAGAAAAUUCAGCUCCUUUAAUUGAAUUUGCAAAUGUCUCCCAGGGUAUUUUAUUGCUUCUGAUGUUAAAACAACAUUUGAAGAAUCUCUGUGGAUUUUCUGAUAGUAAAAUCCAGAAAUACUCUCCAUCUGAAUCUGCAAAAGUAUAUGAUAAAGCGAUAAACCGAAAAACAGGAGUUCAUUUUCAUCCAAAGCAAACACUGGACUUUCUGCGGAGUGAUAUGGCUAAUUCCAAAAUCACUGAAGAGGUGAAGAGGAGUAUAGUAAAACAGUAUCUAGAUUUCAAACUUCUCAUGGAACAUCUGGACCCUGAUGAAGAAGAAGAAGAAGGGGAGGUGUCAGCUAGCACAAAUGCUCGGAACAAAGCAAUUACCUCGCUGCUUGGAGGAGGCAGCCCUAAAAAUAAUACAGCAGCAGAGACAGAAGAUGAUGAAAGUGAUGGGGAGGAUAGAGGCGGAGGCACUUCAGGGGUGAGGCGGAGGAGGAGUCAACGUAUUUCGCAGCGUAUUACUCAUUGAGAAGGUCAAAACGAAAUUCAGACUCUACGGAGUUGGCAGCACAGAUGAAUGAAAGUGUUGACGUCAUGGAUGUCAUCGCUAUUUGCUGUCCAAAGUACAAAGAUCGACCACAAAUUGCAAGAGUAGUACAGAAAACCAGCAAUGGCUUCAGUGUUCAGUGGAUGGCAGGCUCCUACAGUGGCUCCUGGACUGAGGCUAAGCGCCGUGACGGCCGCAAACUGGUGCCUUGGGUAGACACUAUUAAAGAGUCAGACAUUAUUUACAAAAAAAUUGCUCUAACAAGUGCUAAUAAGCUGACAAAUAAAGUUGUUCAGACUUUAAGAUCCCUGUAUGCCGCCAAGGAUGGGACUUCCAGCUAAUGAAUUUGUAAAUGCAGCCAAAUUUACAGGAAUUUUUUUAAAAGGCAGAAAAACUUGAAAUAUCAACAUUCUGGCAAAAAAAAAAAAAAAAAAGAUCAGUUUUAUGAAGAGUAAGAGUGGAACCUGGGAUGCAGGAACAAAAGAAGGAAAUGUUGGGCAAACAUUUUUGUGGGAGCUCCCUUCGCUGUUGUGCAGCAGAAACAGAUUCUCAGUUCAUUUUUACUCCCACUGUAUUAUAGUUUAACAAAAAUUGUUUAUAUCUUGGAAAAAAACUUUCUGUUUAAAAAAAAUAAACAAGUGAAUGUUGGAAAUUAGUCUGUUAAUGUUCUUAAUAAAGUGUUCUUGGAGUUUAACCUAGCAGCGGAUGGCUUUCUUUAGCUUAGCCCAGUUUCCAGGGAAGCAUUGUUUUUUUCCAGGCUGUAAAAUGGCAGAAUCUCCUGGAUAUAUAAUUUAUUCUGUUGAAAAAAAAAAAAAAAAGCAUGCAGUAUCUAUGACCUAUCUGCAGAAGGAGUUUUUGUAAAUGUUAGAUUUUGAUGUAUUAGGUCACCCUGAAAACAAUACAAGAAAAGGGAUCCCCAGGCAAUCUGGUGGAGCGAAUACUGCAAUAAAUUUUUUUACUUCUCUUUGUUACUUGUCUGUUUCCAUUUGAAUUUCUUAUUGUAAAAACCUGUUUAAAUCCAUUUAUAUUAUUUUGCAGUCUUUUAUGUAAAAUUUAUUAUAUCACUGGUUUUCAAAGCAAAACAAAAAAUGUUUAUACAGUUUGUAUAGGCUGACUUCUGAAUAAUUGGUAUCUAUUAUUUUCAUUCCCAUAAGAGGGUGUAAAAAAUUAACUCCAGGGUUUUAUUGUAUCCUGCAAUAUUUAGUAUUAACUAUAUAUGAUUUAGCACUGUGCCAAACACAUUUUCCAGAGUACAUUUUGAUAUAAAAAGAAACUAUAGUUUA